AUGGGUUAUAAAGAUAAUUUUAAAGUUGUUACAAAAACUUUGUCAAAUAAUAUUUUAUUGGCAGCAACAUCUUUCAAAAGAUUUGAUAAAAUCAAUUUUGGAAAUAGAAUGGCUAUAUUCAAAUAUCCAAGUGGUUCUCCUGAUUCAGUUAUUCCAAGAUUAAUAAUUUGGAGUCCAUUACCUUAUUCACCUAAUGUUUUGAAUGUUAUAAAUGAAUUCUCAGGUGUUUCAUCAGAAUCAAAUUUGGAUAUUGCAUAUGUUAUAGUACCUGACAGAGAACAUAAUUUAGCUGCUAAAUUAUAUAAGGAAAAAUUCCCAAAUACUAAAAUUAUUGGAGUGGAAAACACUGAAAACGUACCUUUGGAUUACACAUUUAUAGAAAAACAAGGUAACAAAUUAAUUAGUGGUGAAACCUUAAAAGAAUUUAUAGAUGAUGAAUUAAUUUAUAAGAAUUUCGAUUUUGUUUACUUACCAUAUCAUGCAAAUUCAGAAUUAGUGGUUUAUGAAAAAAAUUCAAAAACUUUGUUUGAAGCAGAUUUAUUAUUCAAUUUAGGUGAUCCAAAUGAAAAAUUAGAACAAUUUUCACCUGCUUUAGGAUAUCCUGAGAAUUAUAAUCCUCAUUUUGGAUGGUCAUUUUUAACAAGAUAUUUACAACCAUAUUCGAAAGUCGGGGUGUUUAUGUUUGAUAAAUUGGUCAAUUUAAAUAAGAGUAAGCCAGGUCUAGAAGCUAUCUAUUCACUAGACUUUAAUACAAUAGUGAUGUGUCAUGGAAAUAUUAUUACUAAAGAUGCAAAAAAAGCUUUUAAAAAUGUCUUUUUACAUUCUUAG